AUGGCACCUAAAGAUUCCAAUAAUUGCUUACGAGACGUGAGUAAUACAAGAACUUCAUCACAUUCUCCGUCUACACAGGGAAACGUAUUCAAAAGAUUGGGGACAUCACCGUCGAUGAGGUAUCCUAAUGGCUUGUCAAAGCCCCCUGCAAGAGUUUCGCCCGCUAGGAAAAGUCCUGUAAAACCACUACUUCAAUUGACCCCGAAAAGAAUACAAUCUCCAGAAUGCCUUCGAGAAUACAACCCCAAAUUUAUGCAUAGCGGUGGAAGUCCCUCUAUUGAUGAUAACCUUACUUCUAAAGUGGAAAAUAGGGGUUCGACAACUAGUAUAUUGUUCCCAACUUCACCAACUAGAACAAUUUUUGCCAACGAGAGGAAAAUUGGAGGUGAUGGAUCGUUGGGAAGAAUUAGAUCAAGAUUUACUAAUGGACUUUUAUCACCGCAGAAAAGGUUGGCACCAACUCCGAUGAAAAAUAGAUUAGAACAUGCAAUGGAGAGUGAUAAUACUUCUGAUAAUAGUAAUAAUGAGUUGCAGGCAAAAAAUCUUUUUGAGAAGUUGAAAGAAGCAGAAAAAAUGGAACAAGAAACUAAUCAAGAGCGUUCCAAGACUCAACCUCACAAGAAAAGUGUUAAAUUUGAAUUACCUCGAAAGGAUUCCAAAGAGGCCCUGAAAAAGGAAUUACAAGCAUUAAAAGAAUUGUUAAAAGAGGCUACGAGGCGACAGUCUGAAUUAGAAGUUCGUCUGUCGAAAUUAGAGGAAGGCCAAGACUAA